UAUGGGCGUAAGUAGCGGAACACGGGCAGGCGCUAUAUAUAAUGCGGAUGCAGGCGCAGAUUAUAGUCGUACUGUGGUCGGGCAUCGUAGUGACACGAGCAACAGCCAGAGAAAGCAGCAGAAAAGGCGAAGUUUUAUAAAAGAGUAAUCAGGCAGCGAAAAGCAUGUCGAAGGGACCAGCAGUUGGAAUUGACCUCGGCACCACAUACUCGUGUGUGGGCGUCUUUCAGCAUGGCAAAGUGGAAAUCAUUGCCAACGACCAGGGUAAUCGGACCACACCCAGUUAUGUUGCCUUCACCGACACUGAGAGACUGAUUGGGGAUGCUGCCAAAAAUCAGGUCGCUAUGAAUCCCACCAACACAGUGUUCGAUGCGAAAAGGCUGAUUGGACGGAGAUUUGACGAUACAGUUGUUCAGUCGGACAUGAAGCACUGGCCGUUCCAAGUAAUCAAUGAUUCCACACGGCCUAAAGUUCAGGUAGAAUACAAAGGAGAGACCAAAACCUUUUAUCCAGAGGAGAUCUCCUCAAUGGUGCUUGUAAAGAUGAAAGAAAUUGCUGAAGCAUACCUUGGAAAGACCAUAACGAAUGCAGUGGUUACAGUACCUGCAUAUUUUAAUGACUCUCAGCGGCAAGCUACUAAAGAUGCAGGGACCAUUUCCGGGCUAAAUGUACUUCGGAUCAUCAAUGAACCAACUGCAGCUGCUAUUGCUUAUGGUCUGGACAAGAAAGUGGGCGCCGAACGAAACGUCCUCAUCUUCGAUCUCGGCGGGGGAACUUUCGACGUGUCCAUCCUCACUAUCGAAGACGGAAUCUUCGAAGUGAAGUCCACAGCUGGGGACACCCAUCUGGGCGGCGAGGAUUUCGACAACCGCAUGGUCAAUCACUUCAUCACCGAGUUUAAGCGCAAGCACAAGAAGGACAUCAUCGACAACAAGAGGGCCGUGCGACGUCUGCGCACCGCCUGCGAGCGAGCCAAGCGUACACUGUCCUCUAGCACUCAGGCCAGCAUCGAGAUCGACUCUCUCUACGAGGGCAUUGACUUCUACACCUCCAUCACCAGGGCUCGUUUCGAAGAGCUGAAUGCCGACCUGUUCCGUGGCACCUUGGACCCCGUUGAGAAAGCGCUUCGUGAUGCUAAGCUGGACAAGUCCCAAGUCCACGAGAUUGUCCUGGUCGGCGGUUCUACCCGAAUCCCAAAGAUUCAGAAGCUUCUGCAGGACUUCUUUAAUGGAAAAGAACUCAACAAGAGCAUUAAUCCUGAUGAGGCUGUUGCCUAUGGUGCAGCUGUCCAGGCAGCCAUUUUGUCAGGAGACAAGUCAGAAAAUGUUCAGGACCUGCUGUUAUUGGACGUCACUCCUCUGUCACUGGGUAUUGAGACCGCCGGAGGAGUGAUGACUGUCCUGAUUAAACGCAACACCACUAUCCCGACUAAGCAAACGCAGACCUUUACUACUUAUUCAGACAAUCAACCUGGUGUGCUCAUUCAGGUGUAUGAGGGUGAAAGAGCCAUGACUAAGGACAACAAUCUGCUUGGAAAGUUUGAGUUGACAGGAAUUCCUCCUGCACCACGAGGUGUUCCUCAGAUCGAGGUAACCUUUGACAUCGACGCCAAUGGUAUCAUGAACGUUUCCGCAGUGGACAAGAGCACGGGCAAGGAGAACAAGAUCACCAUUACCAAUGACAAAGGUCGUCUAAGCAAGGAGGACAUUGAGCGAAUGGUCCAGGAAGCGGAUAAAUACAAAGCUGAGGAUGACCUUCAGCGAGACAAAGUAUCCGCAAAGAAUGGCCUUGAGUCUUACGCUUUCAACAUGAAGUCCACUGUCGAGGAUGAGAAACUGAAAGGGAAGAUCAGCGACGAGGACAAACAGAAGAUUCUGGAUAAGUGCAAUGAGGUUAUCAGCUGGCUGGACAAGAACCAGACUGCUGAGAAAGAAGAGUUUGAGCAUCAGCAGAAGGAGCUGGAGAAGGUGUGCAACCCCAUCAUCACCAAGCUGUACCAGGGUGCGGGUGGCAUGCCAGGCGGGAUGCCUGGGGGAUUCCCUGGGGGGGCCGGUGCUGCACCUGGAGGUGGAUCUUCUGGACCAACUAUUGAGGAAGUUGAUUAAAAUGUUCCAAAAUGAUCUUCAAAUUUCUAUUCACAACGCAGUUUAUUUUUGGUGGCAUGUUUCUAAACACACUUAACACCAUGUAUUUGAGGUGUUGUUUUUUUUUUUUAUUGCUUAAAAAAUCUACACCUGUCACUUUGCUCACUGAAAGGCAUGUUUAAACUUUCACAAUAAACAGUUUGUUCUGAAUAUA